AUGCCAACUCUACAGCAACUAGCCAGCAGCAGCACACACCACCAGCAGCAACAACAACACCAACAGUAUCAACAAUACAAUCACAGCCAACCGCAACCACCACAUCAAACAACAUCGUUGACAAAUGUAGCCGCCAUUGCAUCAACGCAGCAGCACCAUGCCAACAAUUUAUCCUCAUCCACAACGCAUAUUUCUCCACAUCCUUACCAGCAACCGCCUCAACAUCAUCACCCGCAUCAGUACCAAACAACGUCACAGCACCAGCACCACCACCACCAACAGCAGCAGCAACAUCAUUCAUCCCAGCAACAUUUACAUCAUGGUGAAUUCCCGCUGCCCGAUGGUUGGGAUAUUGCCAAGGAUUUCGAUGGCAAAAUCUAUUAUAUAGAUCAUAAUACGAAAAAGACAACGUGGCUGGAUCCGAGAGACCA